AAGCCGUCCUCUUGCUCCGUGCCGUCGAAUUCUUCUAGGACGAGACGACGGGAAAGCCGCCGGCAAGCCCAACGCUGCACCGCCUCCCCCCGACCCUAUUUCGAUUUCGUAGCCCAUUUACUACUACGCCGAGUGGGAUUGCCCCCGUAUAAUCAUCCGUGGAGAGCCGUUACUGUUGCUUCUCCUAAUGAGGGUCGGAUGAAUAAUCGAUAAUGUCAAGUGCUAGAUCUGAACAUUUGACCCUUGGCUACCCACCUAAGACUGUCAACGGUCAUUCCACCUCACCAACCUCUAACCUACCUCCCGUCGACCCGCCUACCGCCGUCAGGCCCCCCUUCGGCAUGUCUGGCGUCUUGAACCCACCUGGAAAGAUGGCAGGUACCACGCGUUCCGGGGCCGGCUCUCCUUCGCACGACGCUGCCGGCUCGAGUAGGCUCUAUUCGAAGAGGGCGAGGGAAAUCCAGGCUCAAGAAGGCGUCACCGGCCUAUCAGGAAACCUCUGGGGCGGGCCGCCGACCAGCGGCAACUCGACCCCUCUGCGAGAGAAUAUCCCCGAGUCGCCUACCGAUGGCUUUCCGGACUUUGCACAGCUACCCGCCCCUGAAAUCUUGCCGUCGACGCGGCGUGCGCGAGCGGGUACCGUGCCAUCCCGCUUCCCCGCCGGUGGCAUCGGCAAUGGACUGCUCAGUAUACCCGCGGUCUCUUCUCAGUCUACCCGGCCGACGCCGUCCCAGAGCCCUUUCAAGUCUCCGUCGCCGGGGUUAAACGAUGCCCCCGAGGCCUCCCGAUCGUCAAACUUGCUAUCGAGGCUUCGAGCCGGCUCCAUGCCGCAACGCAUCCCCUUCGCCCACGGCCCUGGUAAUAGUUCGCCCUUUGGUCCUUCGGUCUUUAGCACGUGGAACCCGACCGGGCGCGAGAGGGGAAAUACCCUAGCGAGUAUAGCUAGCAUUGGGUCCAACGGCCCGAGCUCGCCGGCUCAGUCUGCUUUCUCGAAGGAGGGACCCGGAGACAACGACGUUCAUAUGAGAACGCUUGAUUAUCUAGGCCUUGCCGAGACUCCCCAACCCGCCCGUGCUCAACUAGCUACCCCUUACCUGCCUGGUCUGGCCGAUUUCACGAAGCAGGCCAACAACCGCUUCCGCUCCUACUCGGUCAACAACAAGGACAAGUAUGCAGAUGAGGAGGACGAUGGUUACGACGAGGAUAGCUUGGCGCUCGAGACCCAGUACGCCGUCCUCCAGGACCAAUUGGCGGCCACCAAUGCUGCCAUCCACAAUCAUAACUUAGCAGUCCAAGGCCUCCAAGCCUUCGCUACUCAGGCAUCUGCCACUCGGCCACGUGCCCGCACAGCCGGCGUUCUAGAGUUACAAGGGGCAGGCUCGAGGCUCAUGCGGAACUACUAUCCUACUCCCUCACGCCUGGAAAACUCGAUCACGCCCGCCGACAUUCGGUUACCGGAAGAGAAAGAAUUCGAUGAUCUUCCGACGGCGGUGGCCGCCAUGAGCCUCGGCAGAUCGAACAGUCGUAAUAACGGGUUGCUGACGGCGGAAGAGGCUGGCCUUGAAGGGCCUACAAGCGCUCUCUGGCUUGGUAGUAUUCCUACGUCGACGACCACGUCAACCCUGACCGAGAUGUUCAAGUCGUACGGUCCGAUCCUCUCUGCGAGGGUAUUGACGCACAAGAACUGCGGCUUCGUAAAUUUCGAGAGGGUCGACAGUGCCAUUUCGGCGAAAGCAAGCAUGAACGGCAAGGAGAUCUUCCCGGGGGCCGGUCCGAUUCGUAUCAAUUUUGCCAAGCCCCCCUCCGCAUCGAACACACCGGGCCACGACGGAGUCUUCCCCAGCCCAAGUCCGGAUCCGUUCGCGAAGAGCCAAGAGGGGGCCGCCUCUAAUACCACUGCCCCCGCGAGCGACAACGCCGCGGCCGCCUCUGGUAACACCACGAACGCGACACCAGUGAUUCCGCCAUUGCGUGACAUGACUAGGGAUAUCCUUCAGAUCGUGAAGUCCUUCGGCGCCACGGACGACGACACGUACCGGAUUUCCCACAAUCUUCAGCAGGCAAUCCAGUACAACGCCUUUGUCGACGAGAUCCCUCCGGUUCGCGAGCCCACCCACACCAGGGUUCACGACGCCCCGAAACUCAGGGACAUCCGAAAGCGUAUCGACAACCAAAGCCUCUCUCAGGGGGAGAUAGAGCACAUCGCGACUGAGAUGCUUCCCGAGAUAGCUGAAUUGUCUUCCGACUACCUAGGCAACACCGUCGUUCAGAAGUUGUUCGAGCACUGCUCGGACAGCGUCCGGGAUCUCAUGUUGGCCAAGAUCACCCCGCACAUGGCGGAGAUCGGCGUUCACAAGAACGGAACGUGGGCCGCGCAGAAGAUCAUCGACGUCUGCAAGACACCCCAUCAGAUGUCCUUGAUUGUCCAGCACCUCCACCCUUACACCAUCCCGCUAUUCCUCGACCAGUACGGCAACUACGUCUUACAGGGCUGCCUCAAGUUCGGCGCCCCAUUCAACGAUUUCAUCUUCGAAACCAUGUUAAGCAAGAUGUGGGACGUCGGACAGGGCCGGUACGGUGCGCGAGCGAUGCGGGCGUGCCUCGAAAGUCACCACGCUACCAAGGAGCAGCAGAGGAUGCUAGCCGCUGCCAUCGCCCUCCACAGCGUACAGCUGGCUACCAAUGCUAACGGCGCCCUUCUGCUUACUUGGUUCCUCGACACGUGCACCUUCCCCCAACGUCGUAGUGUUCUAGCCCCUCAGCUUGUCCCUUAUCUCGUUCAUCUCUGCACGCAUAAGGUCGCGUACCUCACGGUCCUAAAGGUCAUCAACCAAAAAGCCGAGCCGGACGCGCGAGACAUCAUCCUGAAGGCUCUGUUCUUCACGCCCAAGGACCAGGUUCUGGAGGCCAUUCUGAGCGAUCACUCGUGCGGUGCUACGCUCAUCUUCAAGGUGCUCACGACCCCGUUCUUCGACGAAAGCAUCAGAGGUCAGGUCGUGGAGAACGUCCGGAGCGUCCUCGUCCGCAUCAAGGCGCAGCCUAAUCAGGGCUACAAGCGGCUUAUGGACGAGGUAGGACUAUCUACUCGUGCUGGUGGUGGUGGUGGUGGUGGCGGUGGCGGCGGCGGCGGCGGUGGCAGCGGCGGAUCCCGCGAUCACUCUGUGGGUAAUAACGGCUCGAAUGAACGGCAACGACCUGCAUCCCGCCAGGCCCAGGCGAACGCCGCGGCAGCGCAGCAGAACUCCCAAUACAACAACCAGUACCUAAAUCCCAUGAACCCUGGCAGCGCCGGCUCGAAUUUUGACAUGAGCGGCUAUGCCGUGCCUCGAAGCGAGAGCGUGGAGCCCGGCAUGUCGGCCUUCCCACCGUACGGCCCCCAGGGGCCGAUGUACAACGCGGCCGGCGGGCCGAUGCCGCCGGUGAACAUUUCGCAGUUGCAAUACCCGCAAGGCAUGCUCCCGCGCGGAACGCCGCCGGUGAACAACUACUUUCCUUCGAUGCAGGCGGGCUACGGAGGCUACAACAACCCGAACCCUCCGAUGGACCAGUAUCGUGGUCAAGGCGGAGCAAACGGCAGCCCCAUCCAACCUCAAGGGGCGCCGGCGGGGUUCGCGCCUCCGGGCUUCGGCAUGGGGAUGAACAUGGGAGGCUACGCGUACGGCAACGCGAUGCCCUACGUGCAGGAACAGCCAGUCAACGCCAGGCGCGGACGCGUAGGUCAACCCCCUCCACGGAAGAGGUCGCCUCGACCGUAACACGGCGAUGGGUA